AUGGUUCUGAGUGGGUCGCUGCCAACUUGCACGAAUAGCGGAAUUAAUAAGCCAAUAGAGAAUUUCAGAAAAUCAGAAAUAUUCAAUAAGUCGAACAGCUCUGGAAUCAGCUCCACCAACGCGCAAGUUUAUCAUCAAGGAAAUAAUAAGAAUACGAAUAUGCGAUGCUGGCCUUUCAAUAAAGACGUCAAGCCCACACAAAAUGGAAACUCAAGCGAUUCCGGAAAAGUCGACUCUCUUUUGUCCGAAAUCGAGAGGCUCAAAAACGUCAUUAUCGACAAAGAUAAAGAGAUUGAAAAGCUGAAAGAAAAGCAAAAUGAAGAACUCAAGUCGAGAGAAGAGACGAUCAGAAGAAUGCAAGACAUUAUCGACAAGUCUGUUGGGGGAAUUAUUACGCUGAAUCGGCAACAAAGCAGAGAUCAACAAAAUCAAGGCGAAAAAGGCCCUCCCAUGACCAAAUACCUCGAAAGACCAAAGAAACAACGAACUGGAAUCUCAGCAGAACCAUUCAAUGAACGAGUUAUUGUGAAUACAGAUCCAAAAGGAUCGGUCAAAAUAGGAACCAUCAGAGAGAACAUCGAAAAAGCAAUUUUCAAUUUUAUUUCGGAAAACAACUCUGAUUAA